AUGGAGGCGACCAGCGGGCCUAUGAGCAGCAGCGAGGACGCGUCCUCUGCUUCUUCGUCUGGCGCCGCUCCUCCGCCUCUCCCCCCUGCAUAUUCUGUUUCAUCUUCAGCUGCAUCUUCUCUUUCCUCCGCCCUCACGUCUUCUCGGUCGUCGCCUGCCUCGUCCUCCCUGCGCCCUGCCUCCACUGCACCGCUGUCCCAUCCCUCUCGACCCCCGGCAGCCUCCUCUGUCGCUGCGCCAUCUUCUUCUUCAUCUGCACCUGCUGCGCGGCCGCCUCGCGCCGCGCCUCCUCUCAACAGGCGAGCGAACUCAGAAGGAGCAGGAGUCCCAAGGGAGAAGAGGCCUUGGUGUCAGCUGGCGGAGUCGCCCGCCCCGUCAUCGGUUCCUGCUUCCUCUCAACGAAGCGCAGCGGCGUGCGCGGCUGCGUCUGCAGGCGUUUCCACCCGCCGACUUUCCGCUUCGAUUCACGUCGCGCCUGAAGCCCCUGCGCUGACGCGGCAUGUGCACACACAUCGGCGUAGCGACGAGGGCGCCCCUGGGCAGCCUGAGAAACGUGAAAGAAUGGGGCUGGGCGGGACGCCAGCGGAGAAGUCGAGAGCGAACCCGAGGGCAUCUGAUGGCCUGUCUGCGGGAACGGAGAGUCUGCCACAGGAUGCACAGCCGCGUUUGAAGGCGGAAGGGGCUUCAGAGCGCCGCACUACGCCGUCCGCCUUUUUCAGACACCUCGGCAGCGCCACGGACUCGAAGCAAAAUGGAGCUUCGGCGAAGGAGGGAGACGCGCCCCCGGGGCGAGAGCGGCUAGCCAAGGGCCCUGUGGCGGCGGAGGCAUCGCACGGAGAGAGUCCCGAGGAUCACGUCUUGAAGGCACUGAAAAACAAAUUUGGAUACACGGCCUUUCGCGCAGGCCAGGAACAGGCAGUGCGAGCCGUUUUGGAAGGAAACGACGCGCUCGUUGUCAUGCCCACAGGAGGCGGAAAAACUUUGACGUAUCUUCUCCCCGGGUUGCUGCUCCCUGGGCUCGUGAUCGUCGUCUCGCCGCUUCUGGCGCUGAUGGACGACCAAGUUCGGCGGCUCCGCGAGCGCGGUCUGCCUGCGUUGGCAUUUAACUCUCUUCUCUCCGCACGCCUGCGGGCGACGAUUCUCGAGGAACUCCCGCGGCACGUCUUCCCCUCCUAUGCCGGCGACGCGCUGCCCUCAGAGCAUGCGCCUCCUUCGAGCCUCGGCGGAGGCGCGACCGCGGCCGCGGGAACUGCGGACGCCGGCGUGGCGCUUGUCGCGGUCGACGAGGCGCACUGCAUCUCUACGUGGGGUCACGAUUUUCGCAAGAGCUACAGGAACCUCUCCGUCCUUCGCACAAUCUUGCCGCAUACGCCCCUUCUCGCCUGCACAGCGACCGCGACGCCUGCCGUCUGCGCCGACAUUCAGAGCAGUUUGGAGCUGCGAAAUCCCGUCAGAGUCGGGCUUUCCUUUGACAGGAAGAAUAUCUUCUACGAAGUGCGCCUGAAAAGUCACCUGGACUCGAACCCCGGCGAGGAGGCCUGGCAGGGGAAGGGACAAGAAGACCCUGGAGGCGCGGCGGAAGACGAAGAGGAAUGGGCGCUGGCGGACAUGGCCUCGGAGGUCGCCACGAGGCACAAAGGCGAGUGUGGAAUAAUCUACUGCUUCAAAAAAUCCACGUGCGACGACGUAGCCGUGGCGUUGCGUUGCAAAGGGAUUUCUGCGCGCGCCUACCACGCCGGGCUCUCAGACUCGGUCCGCUGCGACUUGCAGCGGUCGUGGAUGAAGGGCGAGACUCUGGUUCUCGUCGCAACCGUGGCCUUCGGCCUGGGAGUCGACAACCCCAACGUGCGGUUUGUGAUUCACCACUCGCUCCCGAAGACCAUGGAAGGGUACUACCAGGAGUCGGGGCGCUGCGGACGCGACGGCUUGCCGGCUCACGCGCUGCUGUACUACUCGCGCCGGAACUACGACAGUCUGCGCUACAUCAUGGACUACACUUUCUCGCAAGUGAAGCUCUACUCGAAGGGCGGCAAGCGGGAGGACGGCGGGGCGCGAGCGAAGCGGCACGAAGGUGGAGGUCAGGCGGACGCCCCAGCGGCAGCGGGUGGAUCCGGGAGCGCGCAGGAAGACGCGAAGGCCCGCCUGGAGAGCCUCGAGAGACGCUACCGGAAAGAAAUUGCUUCUCUGAAAGCAGUGCGCGCCUACUGCGAGGAAGCGGUGUGUCGCCGCGCAUGCAUUCUCAAGUUCUUCGGCGAGACUCUCUCGCUGCAUGCUGGCGCCGCGUGGCGGCGUCUCCCGAGUAGCGGCGCAGCGAAUGCUGAUGGUCAGCAGGGCAGCAGGAAGCGCAGCAGAGCCGCAGGGGAGCGUGCAACCAGUUCUGACCAGCCGCACGCGAAAAGAGAGAAAAACGAGAGCUCGCACACAGGAGACCUAGAGACGCCGAGAGCAGAUACAGACAUGGAUUCGCAUGAAAAGGGCAUCGCCGAGAGAGGUGACGCCAGUUUUCCUUCGCACGUUGGAAAGCGCGCCCGGUGUUCGGCGUCCUCUGAGGGGGGCAGAGACGAGGCUUUGCCGUGUUGCGACCUAUGUGAGCGGCGGGAAAAGGCCGACGCCGGCGGGGCGUGUGCAUCGUGGCAGACGCCGACAAGCUUCUCAGCCUCUUCGCGCCGCCUCGCGUCGCUGGCGGCCCGCGGGCGCACGCGCGUCACCUCUCGGCGGCCAAGCUGGAGUUUCCAGGGAGGCGGCAUGGCGGCUGCCGUCGACGAGGACGCUGGCGGGGCGUUGGCACUGGGCACCUUGGAAUUCGAGCGGAACGACUCCUCCGACGGCGACGGCAGCCCGACCGCCUGUGGACGAAGCGCGCGCGCGAGCGUCCGGUCGGUGCGGCCUCUCGCGCGGGACUCUGCCGCCUCAGCGAUGACCCGCGACAGAAAAAGCACAGCGGGCGCGACGGGCGGCGGAGGCGCCGCGCGGCGAGGCCGCGUGGUCUACCACACAGCUGCAGUGCGGAGGGCGCGGCCGCUGGGGGCGGCGUCCAAGAGCGAGCGGGUGUCUGAGGCCGUGCGGGCGAAGGGCCUCCGCGCGGUGAUGCAGGAGCUGGAGCGGCAAGAAGAGCUGGCGGAGGAAGCAGAGGCGAAGGCGGGGAAGCCCUCGCGAAGUGCGUUCCUUCGCGAGCGUUUAGCAGCCGACACGCGCCCGGCCGCCGCACCCCUUGGCGCCGUGCCGCGCGGCAGUCUGCAGCACCGGGCGCCCUCGUUUGUGAAGGCCUCCGCGCUGUCGCAGAGUCGGUCCGCAAACGUGCCGGCGGGGGGUCUCGCAGCGCCGAGGCUGCAAUCGGGCCUAGCCCGCCCGCGGGGAACCGUCUCUUUUGGAGCAGCCACCGCCAGCGCGGUGAACUCCGGCGUUUGCCCACAUGACUGCUCGCAGCGGCGGGAGUCCUCCACACUCUCGCGCCUCCAGACGUGCUGCGCGAGCCUCGUCCCGACACGUUUCAGAGCACCCGGCCGAAGCAAGUGCCACUGGCUGCCAACCUCGCUCUGCAAGCCCCAGCCACCACGCCCCGCCUGGUACGGAUUCCCCCCUUUUUUUUUCGCUGGUGAUUCCGCGCCGUCCGGAGAGGACGACGCCUACCUCGCUGUAGCGACUCCGCCGCAGACUGGCGUCGCCUCGGCGCAGAGUUCUUCGCCCGAAUCGGACUGUGCGGCAGACGCAAGCGUCAGCGCCGUCCACAGGGCCCCGCUAGGCAGAUUGCUGGGCUCGCAAAACUCAGACGACGCCUUCAAACCAAUCCGCGCAGGGUCUUCCUACACGUACGCGCGUGAAUCCGAGACGAACGCGCCCUACCGCGUGAGAACUAGUCUCUCCACGCUAGUCGCUCUCGCUCCGCCCUCCAUUCCUCCGCCCUUCAUCACCCCCAGCAUGCCGGCUCACUCCAACCGGGCUUCGCCGCCGCCCUCAGGCCCCGCGCCCGACGCGGCGGGCGCGCUCCCGAGGUCGGACUCCUCCUCCUCUUCUCCGCGCGAGCCUCAGCAUCGCCACCAGUCUGCGUCAGGCUACCCGAGUCAGUCGUCAGUCUCCAGCCCUUCAGAUCCACGUCAGCCUCACCAGAGCUGGGCGUCCGGCUCCGCCCUCCCCGGGCAGCAAUCCGGCAGUCUGCCGCACGACUGCGUUGGGGCGGGGAGAAAACGAGGCAAAUUGCGGGCAGUCGUGCUGAUUUUGAUCGGCGUCUGCAUCGGCUUGGCUGUCUGGCCUAUGUUCGUCUCCUUCCUCACGUUCCGGCUCCUGCACUCGUUCCACGAAGGCGACAGCACGGACCUGGAUGCCACCGACUUCGACGGUGGGGCGGAGGACGACGGCGCCCGACCGCCAGACGGCAGCUUCGGCAGCCACAUGCGAAACAACACGACCGACACCUCUGCGGGCGCGCCCAAUGCGGCAUCGGACGCCGCCAUCGUUCCGAGGCCGCCCACUUUCCCGCCGCUCAGCUUCAACGACUUGGCAGGGUUAACGGAGGCGAAGACCGAGCUUCAGGAAGUCGUGCAGUUCCUGCGCGAUCCAUCCAAGUUUGAGCGUCUCGGCGCGCGCCUGCCGAAGGGCGUGCUGCUCGUGGGGCCGCCGGGCACCGGAAAAACUGCCCUGGCUAGAGCUGUCGCCACUGAGGCUGGCGUGCCGUACUUCUACGCGUCGGGUUCGGAGUUUGUGGAGAUCUACGUGGGACAGGGCGCGCGGCGCGUCCGCGGCCUCUUCUCGUACGCGCGGAGUCACUCGCCGUGCAUUAUUUUCCUCGACGAGCUUGACGCCGUUGGCGGGCGCCGGCAGGCCUCUGCAGGCCCCGGUGCCGGCAACCGCGAGCACGACCAGACGCUGAAUCAGCUGCUGGUGGAAAUGGACGGCUUCAACCAGACGAACCGCAUCAUCGUCCUCGCGGCCACGAACCGCGUCGACACGCUCGACCCCGCUCUCCUCAGGCCAGGGCGCUUCGACCGCGUCGUAUAUGUAUCCCUGCCGGACGUUGCGGCGCGCGAGCUGAUUUUGCAGAAGUACCUUCAGCGGGUGCCUGUGGUGCCUCCCGAGGAGACGCUGGACGGCCAGGCGCUCAAGAGCUCCUCGGGGGGCUUGAAUCAGGGCGACUCGAAGCAGAAAGACGGAACGGGAGAGGUGGAAACGACUGCCGCCACCUCGUCUUUGCCGCGUCCGCGCCCGCCCGUCGACCAGCGGAACGAGCUGGAGAAACCGGGCGCCGACGAGCCGCAGCAAGGAAACAAAAACCGCGCACCGCCGCCGCAAACCAGCCGCGACCAGGCUGCACUCAGAAGAGAAAGAGAGCGGGUGUUUCAUUCAGAACGGACGGCAGGCCCUGCGAAGGAGUCUGGGCAGUGGUACGAAGUACCAGAAAAGAAGCAACCCAUUCUCACGCAGGUUCACAAAGACCUGGCCAAACACAUGGCAAAAAUCACGCCUGGAUUCUCAGGAGCUGAACUGGAAAACCUCGUCAACGAGGCUGCUCUCCUUGCCGCGCGAGCAAACAAGGAGAUCGUCACUCUGCAAGAGCUGCAGGAGGCGAGAGACAAAGUGACGAUGGGGCCUGCGCGGAAGACGCGCGUGAUGUCGCCGUAUCAGAGGCAGUUGACAGCCUACCACGAAGCCGGUCACGCCAUCAUCGCCUUCUACCUCCAGCCCUACGCGGACCCGAUUCACAAGGCGACCAUCGUCUCGAGGGGCUCCGCUCUGGGGUUCGUGGAGCAGGUUCCGCUAGAAGAUCGCUACGGCCACGGGAUGGCGCAGCUGGAGGCGCGACUGUGUGUCUGCAUGGGCGGUCGCGUGGCGGAGCGUCUGGUUUUUGGGCGAGACGCACUGAGCAACGGCGCGAGCAGCGACAUCGAAACGGCGACCCGUAUGGCGUAUGUGAUGGUGACGGAGUGGGGCAUGAGUGAGAAGCUCGGGCCUCUCAGCUACAAGGUCCAUGGCCGCAGUCGGCGCGCCUUCAUCAGCAGCGAAACUGCCAGCGUCGUAGAGGAGGAGGUUAAGCAGCUGGUCACGACCGCUGAGCGUAAGGCGGAGAAGUUGCUCCGCAAGCACCGCAAGCAGCUGCGCGAAGUCGCAUUGCAGCUCCUAGAGAAGGAGACGCUCUCUGGAGAGGAGAUUUCGGAUAUCCUCGAUCCGUCGGGAUCGUAUCGCAAGAAGGUCGAGAAGCUGCGCAUCCGCAUGCAGCAGGGGGAGCAGCCGAGCUUUUUGCAGCGCCUCAUCGUCCAGCUCAAGCGGGGCUUCCAGUGGCUGAUUUUGCCUCGCGAUCAGUCUGAGUUUGCCGCGAGUGUCGAGGCAGACAAGCGCCAGGAGGCGCAAGAAGAGGCGGAAGAAGGAAAGAGCCAGAGUGCGUCGGCAGGGAAGCCGAAGGAUGAAGACGACAACGAGCCCGACGCCGGUCGACCGCAGGCGCCUGCACCGCCGCGGAAGAGGGAGGAAUCCGAAAACAAGGAUGCGAAGCAAAGCGAGGACCGAAACGCCAAAUAUCAGUCGGCGGGCGCACCAUUUGCACCUGCCGAUUCUGCAUUCAUGAGGAGCGACGCAGCUCUCAAGGAGGGGAAGCCUUCAGCCUACAAAUGGCAUGGAGCCCAAAUGCCCGCGGAAAAAACGCUCCGCCGCCGCAUCUGA